AAAGCCAGCUGGAGGCAAGAGAGAGCACUGAGAGAGCUCCUUCAGCGCCUUUCUGACUGUGUGGACCUGCUUGUCAGAAGGCUGAGAGAAGAUGACAGGAAUGAACCUCCAGCUGGUGUGCCUGACACUCUUGGCUUUCAGCUCCUGGAGUCUGUGCUCAGAUUCAGAAGAGGAUGAGAGAGCACUGGAGGCAGAUCUAUUGACAAACAUGCAUGCAUCGAAGAUCAACAAAGCAAGUCCUUCCUCUUGGAAAAUGACCUUGCUAAAUGUCUGCAGCCUUAUAAAUAACCUGAACAGCCCAGCUGAGGAAGCAGGAGAAAUGCAUGACGAUGACCUUGUUGGCAAAAGAAAACUUCCCCUUGUUCUGGAUGGUUUUAGCUUGGAAGCAAUGCUGACUAUAUUCCAGCUCCAGAAAAUCUGCCGCAGCAGGGCCUUUCAACACUGGGAGGUAAUUCAGGAAGAUAUCCUCGAUGGCGUCAAUGAUAAAAAUGAGAAGGAAGAAGUGAUAAAGAGAAAAAUCCCUUAUAUUCUGAAAAGGCAGCUGUAUGAAAAUAAACCCAGAAGGCCCUACAUCCUCAAAAGGGGAUCCUAUUACUACUGAAACAUGUGAUUCUGAUCGAACACCUGCUAUCUAGAAAUAUAAUUAUAUGUGUGUAUGAAUGUGACAGAACUUGAUCAUUUCACCUUUUCCACAAUUGUGCUCUAUGGGAUGUGAUUUUUCUUGCAUUCAUGUCAAUUGAAUGAAAUGUUUGCAAAUAAAUGUAGAUCUUGAGCAUGAUGUGUUCUGUAUAAAUAAUUGGAAUAGAUAAUAAUCUUAUCAUAUGUAGAAUGUUUGGUAACUUUGCAAGAUAUGCUAUGGGUCAUAUGAACACUCAUGGUAUUUAGCAUUUUGUCGAAAAUUAUAAGAGAUUAUAACAAAAUUGAGCACACAUCAUUCACCAAAAGCAGAGCCAUGGCACCAUUUUGAUUAUUCAAUUGUUUCAUUAUUAACUGAACAAAAUAUUCACUGCUUUUCAUAAACUGCUAGUUCAUCUCCCAGUGCAAGGGAAAGUUAUUAUCAUCUAAGGACCCAUCUGAAAGAAUUGUUAAUGACACAUCAUUGCUUAUGGUUAUUUCAGUGUCUCUUUACAUGGAUACUUUGCCUGUCAAAUGAAUUGAUAGCUAAUAAAAGUCAACAAGC